AUGUACCACUCACUGAUCCUUUCAUUUUCUCUCGUCCCCAUCUUGGGACUGGCUUUGCCGACAACAGUGCCAUCGACAGGCACGGACACAGCGCCGACGGACAGCAUCGUGUCCCUGAGCACGCAGCAAGCACCCAAAAUAAACAGUCUCUCCAACAUAACAAACCAAUUUGACACAAUCAACUACUUCCCCGACCCGGAGGUCAGCUGCUCGGGGAGGCACCUCUACGAUGAGACCAGCAGCUGGAGUGCAGACUUGACGGCGGCAGUCACCAGCACGACGAAAGACGGGAUAUUCGGGAGCUGUGAUGCGGGAUCAGAAGUUGACGGCAGUGGUAAUCUAGCAUGGAAGAGUGGGAAAGUCCAAGUAUAUUAUUGCAAUCAUGGCUUUACGCCCAACCCAUGCAGUGUCAACGAGUACUGGAGGGCAGACGAUCUCAUUAAUGCCAAAUGCGGCCCAGAUGGAGGGGGUUGGGUAAAAGUGAGUGGUUUCAACCUUUUCUGUACACAUGAGAGGCUCUAUGCGCUUUGGCUAACCGACACACAAUCUAGAUACCCGAUUGGGGCAAGACUAUCGGUCGUGAUCCCACAAAAUCGGACGGGAGCUUCAGAUCAGAAUGCGGAGCAAGUCUGCAUGGUGUUAAGGCGAACGUGGUUUCAAAUUCUACGAGAACUUAAUCUCUCUUACUAA